CCUCAUGCCAGACAGAGCAACUCAUGCUCAGAACAGAAAACAUCCUGGCCACUGGAUUCAUUGCAAAACGGGCGCGUAUCUUUCCCCUGAAAUAUUGAAAAUUUGCUGUCUUGGAAGCAACAACAAAAAAGGUACAGCAUUUCUAAUCAUAACUGUAUCGACGAGGUCAUGUGCGGCCCCUUCAAGAGCAUCGGAGGCAUCCUGCGUCUGCUGGAGAUGAUCUUCAGCGGCGUCGCCCUCAUCCUGGUGCUGUUCCGGGGGGGCAUGGGAAGCCCCUGGGGCGUCUGGUGCGACUUCGUCUGGCUCUUCUGCUUCCUCAUCCCGCUGCUCAUCACGGUGGCCGAGGCCCUGAAGAUAAAUGUGCUUAUGAAGCUGUUCCUCCCGGAUUGGGACGACCUCACCUGCGGCCUCACCAUGAUCUGCACGCUGAUGAUCGCCUCUGCCAGCAUCAUCUACGCCACCGGCUACGCCUGCUUCCACUGUGUGCUCAGCAUCCUGGUUGUGACCUUCUCCCUGGCCGCCACCGCCGCCUUCCUGGUGGACGCCAUCCUGCAGAAGCUCAAGUGUCCCAGCGGCUACCUCUCGCGCCUCAGAGGCGUCCUGCGCUUCACCGAGGCCUUUGUGGCGUGCCUCCUGCUCACCGCCGCCACCAGCUACUUCCUGUACGUGGACUGGUACCACCGGUCGGCCGGCAUGACGUGGGCGCUGUUCGUGUUCACCGUUUGCCUGCUGGCCAACGUGGUGCUGAUCCUGUUCAACCUGGUGAAGCUGCUCCGCGACCUCCUGCCCAAGGCGUGGCUGGAGCUUGUGUACAACGUUGUGGCCUCGCUGCUGUACCUGUCGGCCGCCAUCCUCUGGGCGGUGUUCGGCUAUUGGGGCUACUUUGAGCGCAGGGAGGACAGCAGGUACUACUGCAGCGGCUGCUCUCUGGGGGAUCUCCACGUGGUCAUGGCCGGCGCGCUGCUCAACCUCCUGCUCUACAUACUGGACCUGGCCAUGUCCAUCAAGGCUCGCUAGCGAGGGACCCCGCCACACACACAUCAAGGCUCGCUAGCGAGGGACCCCGCCACACACACAUCAAGGCUCGCUAGCGAGGGACCCCUCCACACACACAUCAAGUGUAAUGAUGUCAAAAUAAAGGGAGAGUUGAUUCAAAUAUUGGCUUGCGAUAAUGUUUUAUUCUUUUUAAAUGGCUAUGUGAUUCUCAGGUGUUGAGUGUUGCUUGUGUUUUUGAGGUGAGGAUAUGAUACAAUACAUUUAAUAAUUGACCGUCCCUGGGAAAAAAGGGAAGAUUCUGGUUCAGUAUUUUAACGGGCCAGCA